AUGAGAUUAAUUCCACACCAAUUGCCAUUAACUUCUACAAUAAGUAAUCAAACUAAUUUACCACCAACACACCCCUUGACUGCUGAUGUCAAUAAUGAUUAUUUGGAAUCAAAUAGUAGUUAUAGCAAUGGCAGUAUUGAUAAAAAUACAUUAAAACAAAUAUUGAUUUACUUAAGAAAAAAUACUGAAUUACUGGUUGAGACUAAUAAAAUUACUCAAGUUUUUAAAGAAAAUGACAAUCAGUGGUAUAAGGAAGUUUGGAAAUCUGCUACUAGAAAACUCUUGAAAAAUGGAUAUAUUUAUCCAAAUGAAACUGGCUUUAAAGAUUAUUUCAUUAGUGGACAAACUGCAAUGAGAACAGCUCAUAGAUCUCUUGUACAAUGA